AUGCGUGUCUCAAUCCCUACCUUGGCACUUCUGGCGGCAACAACAGCGACAGCUUCGUACGUGCUCGAAGAUGACUACUCGUCAUCGUCCUUUGCUUCCAUGUUCGACUUCUACACGGGUGCCGACCCCACAAACGGCUACGUCAACUACAUCACACAAGACGAAGCCCAAAGCUCCGGUUUAUACAAGAUCGACAAUGGUGCAGUGUAUAUGGGAGUGGAUUCUACCAACGUUGCCUCUGGGAGUGGUCGAGACAGUAUUCGAAUAAGCAGCAAGAAGUCAUACAACCAUGGUCUGAUCAUCCUCGAUCUUGCUCACAUGCCAGCGGGCGCUUGUGGUACGUGGCCAGCAUUCUGGCUGCUCGGCCCCGACUGGCCUUACAGCGGAGAAAUCGACAUCAUCGAAGGCGUCAACAGUCAGACAACGAACAACAUGGCCAUGCACACAGAUUCUGGAUGCUCCAUCACCAACACGGGAGCGUUCUCUGGUAGUCUGGAGACGGCCAACUGCGACGUCAAUGCUGCCGAUCAAGCCACCAAUGCCGGCUGUUCCAUUCGCAGCGGAGACUCGAGCAGUUUCGGCAGUGGUUUCAACUCCGACAACGGUGGUGUCUAUGCGACCGAAUGGACCAGUGAAGCCAUCAGCAUCUGGUUCUUCCCCCGAGGCGGUAUCCCUGCCGAUAUCUCGAGCGGCAACCCAGAUCCUUCGGGCUGGGGGCUUCCUCAGGGCCAGUUCACAGGAGGCUGCGACAUCGAUGACAAGGUCAAGAACCAACAACUUGUCUUUGACGUUACCUUCUGUGGGGAUUGGGCCGGCAAUGUCUGGUCGACAGACGCAACGUGCUCCAGCCAAGGAUCUACCUGUCAGGCCUUUGUGCAGAACAACCCAUCAGCCUUCCAGGACACAUACUGGCUCAUCAACAGCCUGAAAGUCUACACCGCGAACGGUGCCGCAACGCAGACUACGGGCCAAAGCACAACUGCCGCCGUCACUUCAGGAAAUGCUGGGUCGACGGCGAACCCUACGUCCGAAGCAACGACCCCAAUCUCAAGUACGUUGCAAACCGCUUACACCACCACUGCCGUGGUCACAACCGCACCAGUCGAAACCGCAACCACCCCUGCCACAACCGCUCCAGCUGUGACAGCCACACAAGCGUCAGCUGUAACUGGGUCAUGGGGCAACAGUGGGUCUUGGAACACUGCGGGAGGCAGUGGCUGGGGGCAGGGCAGUAGUGGGUGGUCGGGUUGGACUGGUCGCGGCGGUGGCGGUGGUCGCCCUUGGGGUCGCAGGUGGUUCUGA